AACCAAACUGCUCCCUCACAGAAAACGUAAAGCAAAUCAAAAUCGCUCAUCCGUCGACGACUCGACGCCUUCGCCCUUCCCCGAUUACCACACCGCACCCACCGCAGGCGCAGGACACGCGACCGGCGGGACCUCACCCCGAGGCGUCCAUGGCCGGCUCCGGUGCCUCGGACAACGAGGUCGUCUUCAAGGCCGCGCACCGCAUCCGCAUUUUCAAGAGCGGGCGCGUCGAGCGCUACUGCGGCUCCGACCCCACCCCGGCCUCAACCGACGCCGGCACCGGCGUCGCGUCCAAAGACCACGCCAUCUCACCCGACGUCGCCGUCCGCCUCUACCUCCCACCGGAAGCAGCCAAGGACGACGGAAGCAGCAGGCUUCCCGUCCUGGUCUACUUCCACGGCGGUGGCUUCUGCCUCCUCAGCGCCUUCAACGCCAUCAUCCACGGGUACCUAACCUCCCUCGCGGCGCGCGCCCGGGCCGUCGUGGUCUCCGUCGAGUACCGCCUCGCGCCCGAGCACCCCAUUCCCGCCGCGUACGAGGACUCGUGGCGGGCGCUCGGCUGGGUCGCCUCCCACGCCUCCGGCGGCGCCGGCGAGGAGCCCUGGCUCGCCGACCACGCGGACUUCUCCCGCCUGUGCCUCGCCGGCGAAAGCGCGGGGGCCAACAUCGCGCACCACAUGGCCAUGCGCGCAAGGGCCGAGGGGCUCCCGGGGAGCGCCAGAAUCAGCGGCGUCGUCCUGGUCCACCCCUACUUCCUGAGCGACGCCAGGGUGGCCUCCGAGGAGAGCAACCCCGCCAUGGCGGCCAACAUGGUGAGGAUGUGGCGCGUCGUGGCCCCGGCCACCACCGGCCUCGACGACCCGUGGAUCAACCCGCUCGCGGACGGCGCGCCGGCGCUGCGCGCGCUGGCGUGCGGGCGCGUGCUCGUGUGCCUCGCGGAGCAGGACGUGCUCCGCGACCGCGGCCGCGCGUACUGCGAGGGUCUCGCGGCGAGCGGGUGGGCGGGGGAGCUGGAGGUCGUCCAGGCGGCCGGGCAGGACCACUGCUUCCACCUGUCCGACUUCACGUCCGGCGACGCCGUGUGGCAGGACGAGGCCAUCGCCAGGCAAUCGACUGGAGUCGUGUACGCCUAAUCAUCUUCACCAAACUCCAUAGCAACUUAUUCCGAGCAGCAAUUAGUAAGGGUGAGUACACUUAUGGUUGGUACUCAGCAAAAUAACCAGAACAAUGAUUUAAGUCCAUUUUCAAGUUUAUUAGUCAUGUGAGGGUCGAGGCCACUCUUGACCAUGAGCACGGCUAAUAUAUCAGUUUUAGACACUCUG